AUGGCACCGGAAGCCGUGCAGACCAAUGAAACGCCCAAGCCCACGUCAGGUCUGUUGACGCCCUCCCAGGCCGACAACCACUGGACACCAGAGACCGUCCUCUCGACCCUCCCAGAGCGCCCGCAAACAGACUCCACCUCGCCCCUCCCCUUCUUCCACCUCCUCGAGCGCCUCAAAACCACCAAGCGCGAGGGAUGGCGCCGCUUCGACAUCCACCACGGCGAAUCCAUCGCAGACCACAUGUACCGCAUGUCCAUCAUCACCAUGCUCUGCCCACCCUCACUCGCCCCACGGAUCAACCUACCGCGCUGCACGAUGAUGGCGCUCGUGCACGACAUGGCGGAGCUGUUAGUUGGAGACAUUACGCCCGUGGAUGGGGUCACGAAGAGCGAGAAGUCCCGACGUGAGGCCGAGACGAUGGACUACCUCACCAAGUCGUCGUUGGGCAACGUCGCCGGCGGCGCGGCGGGGGCGAAUAUCCGCGAGCUGUGGCAAGAGUAUGAGGAUAGUGAGACGCUGGAGUCGCAUUUCGUGCACGAUGUCGACAAGAUGGAGCUGCUGCUGCAGAUGAUCGAGUACGAGCGGCAACACGAGGGCAAGGUGGAUUUGGGAGAGUUCAGUCGCGUGGCGAAGCGCAUUGUGUUGCCGGAGGUGCAGCAGUGGGCGAGCGAGGUGCUGGCUGAGCGGCAGGCGUUUUGGGCGGAGAAGACGGGCAAGCAGCCGAGCGGUGUGUGGGAUAUUAGUGAGGAGAUGAAGCUGAAGCAGGACGAGUACUACGGCAAUGGGGUGGAUGCUACGGUCAAUGGCAACGGUAACGUGGCGGCGACGGGGAGUGAAGGCAUUGCGAACGGGCAGUGA